AUGGAUGACACCACGAACCUCGUAUCGGAUCUUCUCCAAAAGCUCGCCGAGCUUGAUAACAAGGUCAAUGAAUAUCGCCAAGACAUGGCACAAGAAUUCUGUCGGUAUUCACAUCAGCGGCUACAAGACAUGCCGGGACAUGUAUCUGCUAGAGUUGAAAAGUUGGUUGCUGAACAAUUCCAAAACUAUCCGGCCUUGAGUCCGGCUCUCAAUCACGAUAUUAGUUCGCAGUCGCAGUCGCAGUCGCAGUCGCAAUUCGACACUAAUGCUACUGGUUUGGAUGAAAACUUAUGGUCACCUAAACUGUUGUCACCGCCGCCAGCUUCCCCUCAGAGCCCAGGGACUCCCAUAGAAGACGGUGCACGGAGCCCGCACGAGAGAGAGCGCGAGUUCCAUGGUCUGUUUACACCGAGCUUUCUUCCCUUGCUUGAUGCUGUACAGCGACAUCCGACACCACCCGUCUUACCGUCACAAGUACCUGAGAUUAGAAAAUCUAACAAUAACCAAAAAACCCUUCUUACACCGUUAAGCAAUGACAUUUUAUUACGACCGGAUCCUGUUCGACGCCAUACUUCGGAUACUGUCUCCUCAGCCACUUCUGACGAUAGUGCGACGCGACCAAGAAGCGCCCUCCGCCGCUCAUCUAGUUCUUCCGUCAAGAUCCAAAGUCCUAGACGAGUACGAUUCGACGUAGAAGGUGAAGAAGUUCUUCCAACUUCAUCGCCUCCAAUCUCACCCCGAACGACAGACUUUCCAUCAUCCCCGUUAGGCAACCCCACUAGUCUACUAGAUGACUCAUACAACGCGAUCGUCAUUAACGAAGAAACCGAUCUGUUAGGCAGCUCUCCGCCAAUGCCAAAGAAGAUUACCUCAACUGAUCGCCUCAAGGCCCUAGCGAGGAGCUCCACCGAGGAUACCUCAAAAUGGGAGGUUGUUGGUAGCCUAGAGGCCAUUGACGAUGACGAGGAUGACGAAUUAGUCAUGACCGGUUUAAAUGGGGGAAAAGCGAAUGGCGCACAUCAGAUUACAGCCAAUCGUCUAAGCUCUGAUACUACAUCAGAUCGUAUAAAUGAUGCGCGUCUUCCAACCCAACUUGGCGCACCUCUACCAGUUGUGGAAGAAAUUGGUGAAGACGAAGCUGCUGACGAGACUGAUGAUAUGGAUGAUGUUCUCAUGAUGCCUCCGUUGAGCUCCUUUAAAAAUAAGAAACACUUUUCGCAGCCGCUUGAAACAAUUCCCGAACCAAAACCAAGCAUCCCCGAUUCGCAACAGCCAAAUAAACAACGUAGUAGCAAGCCAACAGUAUCGUCUAAUCCGGUCGAGGAGCCUGUGCUUGAGGAAGAAGACAUGUUCGAAUUUGACAAUAGCCAUGAGGUCAAGCCAGUUACGAAAUACAUUGAUGAAAAUGAAGAUGAGGAUGAUGAAGACGAUGCCGACGUGACUCCUAUAGCUGAGAAACCGGUCUUGUAUUCUACAUCGCCCGCGAUUCCCGUCACGAAACCUGCGGCGCCGGCACCUGCUUCUCCGUCUCCUCGUCACGUAGCUGCAUCGGCGGGAUCAUAUCGCGGAAAGCCGUUCUCGAUUGGCGUUGUUCGUGAUCCGGAGCUACAUAAAAAGGCCGCUGAGAUGGGCGACUUUUAUACCUUUGUCGGCAGUGUUGAUGGGCGAAGCGGGGUUGACGAAUCAAGCAGUUACAGGCCUGAACUGACUUACUUCAACGGAACACCGAGAAGUCUCAGCGAGCGCUUGAUGAAGGAGGACUGGGACGAAGAGCGUCGAAAUGCAAAUACGAACGAUACCAGCUAA